AUGACCUCUUUUGCUGUUGUCCAUCUUGCAGGGACGGGAGAGAGUGGCAAGAGUACGUUUAUCAAGCAGAUGAGAAUCAUCCACGGGUCGGGCUACUCUGACGAAGACAAAAGGGGCUUCACCAAGCUGGUGUAUCAGAACAUCUUCACGGCCAUGCAGGCUAUGAUCAGAGCCAUGGACACGCUCAAGAUCCCCUACAAGUACGAGCAUAAUAAGGCUCAUGCACAAUUAGUUCGAGAAGUCGACGUGGAGAAGGUGUCUGCUUUUGAGAAUCCAUACGUAGAUGCAAUAAAGAGUUUAUGGAAUGAUCCUGGAAUCCAGGAAUGCUAUGAUCGACGACGAGAGUAUCAGUUGUCUGACUCUACCAAAUACUAUCUUAAUGACUUGGACCGCGUUGCUGACCCCGCCUACCUGCCUACGCAACAAGAUGUGCUUAGAGUUCGAGUCCCCACCACAGGGAUCAUCGAAUACCCCUUUGACUUACAAAGUGUCAUUUUCAGAAUGGUCGAUGUGGGGGGCCAAAGGUCAGAGAGAAGAAAAUGGAUACACUGCUUUGAAAAUGUCACCUCUAUCAUGUUUCUAGUAGCGCUUAGUGAAUAUGAUCAAGUUCUCGUGGAGUCGGACAAUGAGAAUCAUCCCACCAGACAGGACAUUUUCGACGUUAUGUUUGUACCGCUCAGUCGUGUUCCGAGUAACGGCUUUUAUUUACCCUCGUAAUGAGUAUAAAUGAUAUCUUCACAUUUGAUCUAUCACCAUACAAGAAUCCCUCACCAAAGUCAGAAUUACCUUCCUGGAAAAUCAGCGAAAUCACAAAAGGCAGGAUCAUUGCCUCACAGAAAACAGGGGUGGGAGCAGACAACUUAAACGGCUUUACACGUAGAAUGUUAUCAUCACAGCACACGAGAGUUCUAGAAGGCAAAGGGAGGCGAGAAGCCCACACCCUCCUCGUGGAUUACCUCAUUCAGUACACACAUUGCCGUCUCGAGCUUUGUUGUACAUUUUGGAAAUGUUCUAACCAGUUCCUGUGCUUAGCCAGCUCCAGUUCUGUCAUUAGCCUUUUCCUUUGUUUCUCUGUUCCAGGUGUUAACAGACUAUCUGUGUCAUUGUCUGGCCUUUUCACAAGUUAUCCUGGGGUCAAGGGCCUGGCUCUCUGGGUUACAGGUUGAAGCAGGGAGCUUAAGUUGGUCCAGUGUCUGCACUAUUCCGCAGACCUGCCUCGCAGUCUGAUUAGAGGGGGCAGUGCUUACAGCCGCGUUCUGCACCUGGUGAUGAGGGCACUGAACUGAACAUAUUUGAUGUACAAGUAGAAAAACAUACUAUCUCAGAACUGAUUGGCUAGGGACUAUCCCAUUUUUGUU